AUGUCCUAUCCGAAAAAUGUUGGGUUCAUAGGGCUGGGUGUUAUGGGCUACCCAAUGGCUCAGAAUUUAGCCGCGAAGCUGCCCCAGUCUACGCGCAUUUAUGUGUUUGAUGUUGCGACGCAGGUCAUGGAAAACCUCGUUAAAGAGUACCCAGGAAAAAUCACUGCUUGCCAGAGCUCAAAGGAGAUUACUUCCAAAUGUGAGGUCAUAUUGACCAUGGUUCCAGAAGGCGCGCACGUCAAAUCGGUUUUUUUGGCACCAGACACUGGAGUUUUGGCGACCGACAUAUCUGGCAAAAUAUUUAUCGAGAUGUCGACCAUCGAUACUGCAACUUCGGAAGACGUUCGGGGAAAGGUAGCGGCUGCGUCACCCUCCGCACUCUUCUACGAUGCGCCUGUUUCGGGGGGCUCGUUAGGCGCACAAAAUGCAACUUUAACAUUCAUGCUGGGCUGCUCUGAGGAGGAUCCAAACUGGCCGCUGCUGAAGUCGCUGCUUGGACUGGUCGGAAAAUCAAUUUUUCCAUGCGGUGGCCCAUCAUUGGGACUCAUUGCAAAGCUCAGCAACAACUACUGCUCCGGGUUGAUUGCCAUUGCUACGGCCGAGGCAAUGAACAUUGGGAUGAAGUCAGGGAUGAAUCCUGCGUUACUAGCAAGCAUCUUCGCCACGAGUACUGCUCAAAGCACCAUCUCAGACAAGUGGAAUCCAGUCCCGGGUGUUUGCCCCACUGCUCCAGCAAGCAACGGCUAUAGGGGCGGUUUCAAGGUCCAGCUUAUGAGGAAGGAUUUUGCCUUGGCUAUGGAUGCAGCCAAACGCGUAAAUGCAAGAUUGGCACUUGGGGAAGCUGGUCUGCAGACUUACACAGAUGCGAGCAAUGAUCCUGCGUGCAGAGAUCUAGAUUCAAGGGUUGUAUUUCGAUAUCUGGGCGGAUCAGAAGAAUGGAAGAAGGAGGGCUCUUCGUGA